CGCUAUCCAUUGACUUCAUCUCCAUUUGCAAGCUAUUAGAGAAAAAGAAAUAUGGUUCGAAAGAAAGAUCGAUUUUGGAGGUAUGUUGAAGACCUAGAUGGCCGUUUCAAAUGUAACUUUUGUCGACGUGAUUUUGCUGGGGGUGCUUCUAGGAUUAAAUUUCACUUGGCAAGAGUUAAAGGUCAUGCUAUAGAUAUUUGUGCCAAUGUGCCUGAAGAUGUUCAAAAAAAAGCUUAUCUAGUAAUUGGAGGGACUAAUAAAAAACUUAAGAGUGCAUCAAGUUCAAGCAAUGCUAAAGAGAGUAAAACCACUUCGUGUUCAAUAUCGAGAGACCUAUGCCAUGCUACCAAUUCAAAGAUGUGUGGUAAAAAAGAUAAGAGUGCAGUGGACAAAUUGCUUGCCCGACUUCUUAUAGUAAAUAACAUAUCAUUUGAUGUUGUUCAAACGACAUCCUUUAUUCACUUUGUGCAAGGUGUUGCUGAUUAUGGUCCUGAAUAUAAGUUACCCUCUAAUUUGACUCUGCAAAGGAAGUUAAUACCAAAUUUGAAGGUCAAAGUUGAAGAGUAUAUUAGAAGAAUUAGGAAUUCUUGGUCGGUAACUGGUUGUACUCUUAUGUCAUGCAUAUGGAGUGAUUUGGAUCAGAGAGCAUUUAUCAAUAUUAAUGCAAAAUCUCCUAGUGGAGCAAUAUUUUUGAAUUCGUUUGAAGUUUCAAAGGAUAAAAUAACAACACCAUAUAUUAAAGACAUCAUUUCUUCAGUAAUUGAAGAAAUUGGGUCUGAUAAUAUUGUUCAAUUAAUCAUUGAUAAUACUACAAAUUUUGAGUUUGCUGGAGACAUGCUUAUUGCCAAGUACCCUCGGUUGUACAAAACCCGAUGUGCUACUUAUGGCAUUCGAUUGCUUUUGAAGGAUAUAUGUGAGGAAGUUGAUUGGGUGCAGAAGAUAAUUAGUGAUGCAAAAUCAAUUGUUUCAUAUAUGUAUAUGGAUAGUAUCAUUUUGUCACUCAUGAGAGAGUACACAAACCAUAAAGAAUUGAAACAUCUUCGUACAAGUAGGUCUUCUAGCUGCUUGAUGCUUCAAUCUAUUUUGAAUGUUCGAGAUGAAUUGCAGCUACUUGUUGCAUCUUCCAAGUGGAAAGAAUUGAAUCAUAAUGAAAAGGGCAUCAGUAAAGAAGUGGUUGCUAGUAUUAUCCAAAGUACAGAAUUUUGGGGUCAAGGGAAAGAGGCGCUACUAGUUUUGGAGCCUUUGGUUCGUGUUCUUCGAUUGGUAGAUAGUGAUUGGUCAACUGCAGGAUACUUAUAUGAAGCAAUGGAAAUGGCAAAAGAAGCAAUUAAGUAACAAUGUGCUAGCAAUCAAGACAAA